AUGGCACCAGUGUUGCCGUCAGAGGUGCAAGUGCUGCUUGUCUGGCUCGUUGGUGAAGCCUACGCGCAACACCACAACCAGCCGACUCAAUCCGCACAACGAGGCGUCGGUUUCCAAAACUACCCUGCUCCUGCAGCCCCUUACGGAGGAGGAUACGAUGCCUACGCCUCUCUUUUCCAGACUCCGGCACAGUACGGCUUCGGCUACAAUACGGCGGGCGAGUACAACACUCAGCAGUUCGGCGCGGGGCAAGACGGCUCUAACUUUGCCAAGGCCGGCUUCUACGGCUACCCAGACGCCAGCGGCCUCUACCGCCAGAUGAACUAUGUGGACGCCGUACAACGUGCCCGGGCCAGCGUGGGCUCCGCGGGUACCAACGUGCCAGGCACUGCCCCUGGCGUCACCCGUCACCCGGUCUUCAACGCUGCGCCUAUCGUCCGUCCUGUUCCCACAGCAUCUGCCCAGGAGGCUGCAGCUGCAGCGUACGGUCCAAGGCCUGCGGCACCUAACGCUGGAGGUUAUCGUGCUUAUGGGCAGCCAGCACCCAACCCGUACGCACUCGCUGCUGGCGCUUUCGAGUACGCUCCGUACGGAGGUUACGGCUAUGGAUCCAGUCGGGCGGCUCUCGGUGGGCAAGCUUACAGCAGCUAUCCCUAUGGUCCUGCUGGCUACACUGCCGGCUACAAUCCUGGCGUUAAUGGUGAACAGGCCUGGUACACAGAAGACCAUCACUUUCACUUUUUCCUUCACCUCUUCGAAGACCUGGUAGUGGGUCGUGAAGUGGUCUUUGUACGGCUUGAAGGCCUGCUCUAG